AUGAUCAGUGCAUUGUUCAUAUAUUCACUGCGAGGUGAAUUACUCAUUGCCAAACAUGCCAAGAGUACUCCGCACAAGUCUAUGUCCGAAAUAUUCAGAAUACAGGUGAUCAACAAUUUAGAUGUAAGAUCACCGGUGUUGACUUUGGGGUCUACUACGUUCCAUCACAUUAAAUCGAAUGAAAAUCUGUGGCUUGUGGCCAUAUCGCGGUCCAAUGCAGACAGUGCAGCAAUUUGGGAGUUUUUAUACAAACUGAAUGCGUUGUUAUCAGCGUAUUCCUUGCAAACUGAAGAAAGGCUCAAAGAGGACUUCCUGGUUUGUUACGAGCUUUUGGACGUCGUACUCGAAGGUGGGGUUCCGGUAGAAACGGAAUUGGCACAAGUAGCAGCAAAAAUGUCUGUGAAGCCAACGGUCCCAUUGGACAAAAUCAAUACUAUCUCGGACGAUCUUUUCAGUGGAGCCAAUCGGAUUUUUCACCGACCAAAACAAGAUAGAAGCAGAUCGAGUGGAUUCUCCGUACGUGAACAAUCACCAACGAAACCUUCGGCUUACCCUUGGAGGCCCCUGGGGAUCAGACACAAGAAAAAUGAGAUUUUUCUCAACGUAAAUGAAAGUAUCAGCAUUUUAGUAUCCCGAGAUGGGUCCAUUCUUCGGUCUUAUGUCGACGGAAUGGUAGACAUAACGACACGAUUGAGCGGGAUGCCCCUGUGUCGUUUUGGACUAAAUGAUUCGCUCUCAGUGGAUACUCCAUUUGCCAGUGAAACAGAAAUAAACGCUAGUUCGAACUCGAGAAACAAAAGAGCCAUUCCCAAAGCGGCAGCCGGUAGCGUUUUUUUGGAAGAUUGUAAAUUCCACCCUUGCGUCCAACUAGACAAAUUCGAUUUCGAUCGUGUCAUAACGUUCGUUCCACCAGAUGGAUCAUUCGAACUCAUGCGUUAUCAUGUACGCGAAAAUUUGAACUUACCUUUCAAAAUAACGCCGAUAGUCACUGUAGCCGGGAAAAACUCGUUUGAGUUUCGAGUAACACUCAAGUCGCUUUUCCCAGGCAAACUUACUGCCAAAGACGUGCAGCUGCGCAUCCCGCUUCCACCAGAAACGGUCGAUUGCGAGAUCAGUGCUUCAAAUGGGAAGUGCCAGUUUGACCGCGAAGAAAACGCAUUACUGUGGAAAUUCAGCAAAUACCAGGGACUAACCGAAAAUACUUUGUCAGCAGUAACGGUUCCAAUGCGAAACUCCUCUGUGAAUGUUCAACAAUGGCCAAGGCCGCCCAUGUCAUUGAAAUUCGAGAUUUUGAUGUUUAGCAAUUCGGGACUGGUGGUUCGCUUCUUCAAUGUCGCCGAAGGUGAACGCAACUACAAUCUUGUGAAAUGGAUCAAAUAUAUAUCAAAAUCAGGCGCCUACGAAGUGAGAUAUUAG